CAAGAACAAGCCUCCAGCGGCGGGGACGCCAAAGGCCGUGCUGGGUGCGCGCAAACACUCCAGCAUCCCCAUGACACCUCGCCAGGUAGGUCGGGGCGGAGUGCAAGCAGACUUUGCCCGCCAGCUCGCCGAACGCAACGCCAAAGCCAACCCGCAGAAGACAGCCAGAUCCUCGGCACCCAAGGGAACGAAGCUCGCUGCAGGCUACAUCGACCGCACCAAGGAACGUACAGAUGAGGAGGACAAUGAAAUUGCGAAGCGCAUCAAGAAUCUGGACGACUCUAUGAAGCUUGGGCAGAUUGACCGCGAGACGUUCGAGAAGCUGGUGCAAGAGAUCACAGGCGGCGAUGUUGGGACAACGCAUCUCGUAAAGGGGCUGGACAGGAAGCUUCUUGAGCGAGUUAGGCGGGGCGAGGAUGUCUUGGCUGGUUCGGACAAGGGGGAGGACGAGGACGAGCAAGAAGCCCCAGACGUAGAGGAUGCAUUCGACGAACUAGCCGAGGAGCAUGUUGGACCUAUUGUGCGCGAGAGGGUGGAGAAAAAGGGCGAGAAGAUUACAUCGCCACCACUGGUCGCCGGCGUCAAGAGGAGUCGGAACGAUAUUCUAAACGAGCUCAAGAGGCAGCGAGAAGAAGCAGCAAAGGCCGCGGCAGCAGAGCACGAGAAAAAAUACCCGACGCUGGGGCCCGGCUUUCGCAAGGUCAACGCAAAAGGCGAGACAACGCGGAUCGAGACCGACGACAAGGGCCGGGAGGUCUUGAUCAUUACGGGUUCCGACGGUAAGGAGAAGAGGAAAGUCAAGAAGCAGAAGAUGGAGGAGCAGCCGACACCGGAGAUACGACAUGACUUGGAUGACGCCACAAAACCAAUCAAUAUGCACCACUUGCCAGAGCCCAAGAAGGAAGAGUCGGAAGAUGAUGAUAUAUUUCAAGGUGUAGGGUCAAACUACAACCCACUUGCGAAUUUCGACGACGACGACGACGACGACGACGACGACGAUGACUCUGGAACUGAGGCGGAAACGACCAAAGUGGACGCAACUGUGCUGGAAGCCAAGGCCGGAUUCAAUGUAAAGCUACCAUCAGAUGAAGCCUCAUCUCUAGCAUCAGGCGAGGAAACUCGGCAAGCACCUACCGCAACAGCCCCUCGGAACCACAGUUAUUUCAAAGCUACAUCCCGCGACGUUCCAACCAACCUUUCCUCCGCCGAUGCUACUGUACGCGCCGCCCUCGCAAAAGUCCGUAAUCUCGAUGAGAACUCCACUCUUCUACAGAACCUCUCCUCCACCGACCCGAACGACGCUAGCUCGAAAGAGGCCCGUCUUAAAAAGCGAGCAACCGAACUUGCUGCCUCGGACCGUGACAUGGAGGAUAUGGACCUCGGGUUUGGUGCAUCGCGCUUCGACGACGCAGACGAGAUGGAUAGAGAGGGGGAAAAGGUCAAGUUCAGUCAGUGGAAAGGACUUGGGUCGAAGGGCGACGAAGACGACGCAGAGGAUGGUGCAAAGAGUGUGAAACAGAGGAAACGAGGUCCGAAGAAGAAAAGGGGGGACAAGAACAACCCUGACGAUGUGCUGAAGGUUAUGGAGAGACAGAAGGAAAAGAAGACGUUGGGUUGAUUGAGGUAUGUGGUGAUGAUGACCGCACGUUCGGCAUUUUUCUUACCGGUACAUCAACACGAAGCUCCGAUAGGAGAAACGUAGUCUCUCGUCCCUUCGGUACUAAACAGAGCCACUACAGACUUUUCAUUCAGUCCCAACUCAUCUUUCAUAUCCUUGCACAGCUUCUUCAAAGCACUCAAAGGAGCAGCGCCACACGGGCCGUUCUUGACACCCUGACGGUGCAGGUAUUGCAGAUCGCUAUGAACCUCCAUAUCAGAGACGGUGAUACUGACAUCAACACCAUUCUUCAGGACCGCCCAAGAAUUAGUCGAUAUUGUGCCACAGUUCAUUCCAUCCAUGAUCGUAUGACCUGUCGUAAUGGGCGUGAUCUUCCCGGCUUCUAGGCUUACUUUUAGGCUCGCUGCGGUGUCCGGCUCCACGGUAAUGACAGUGGCUGGCGAUGCUCGACUUUCGGAUUUGUAGUGCA